GGCGUCUGUUCCAACAGCUCAGCUCCUCUUGUUGAAGGUCUGGUGAGCACCAUUAUGGAUCUGGUUGGUGUGCUGCUGCUGGUUGUUGUUGCUGUUCUGGUUUCGGAGGUUACGCCUGACUAUUAUCAGCCACUGCUUGUGCACAAACGUCCACCUCCUCUUCCUACUGUGCUGCCUCAGCAGCAGCAGCAGCAGCAGAGGGUUACUAUUCCACACAUUCCCAUUGAUAAAUGCCAGAUGGAGGAGAAGGAGAAGAUUCAAUGUGGAGCUCCAGAUAUCUCAGCGGAGCAGUGUGACAGUAUAAACUGCUGUUUCAGUGGGCAGCAGUGCUACUACGGCAAAGCAGUGACUGUCCAGUGCACCAGGGAUGGACAGUUUGUGGUGGUUGUUGCUCGAGAUGCGACUUCACCACCUGUGGAUGUGGAGUCAAUCAGUCUGCUGGACCCUAAUGACCCCUCCUGCGGCCCAGUUGGGGUCACCUCAGCCUUUGCCAUCUUCCAGUUCCCUAUGACUGCAUGUGGGACAACGAUCAAGGAGGAAGAGGGGUAUGUGGUCUAUGAGAACCACAUGUCUUCCUCGUAUGAAGUGGGUGUUGGCCCCAGAGGCUCCAUCACCAGGGACAGCCAUUUUGAGCUGCUGUUCCAGUGUAAAUACUUCGACACGGCUGUGGAGGCUCUCGUCAUGGAGGUGAAUGAUCUUCCUCCACCUGUGCCGGUCGCUGCUGCAGGGCCCCUCAGGGUGGAGCUAAGGCUCGGUAACGGGCAGUGUUACUCAAAGGGAUGUGUGCAAGAGGAGGCAGCGUAUGAUUCCUUCUACACUCCAGUAGAUUAUCCCAUCACCAAAGUGCUGCGGGAGCCUGUGUAUGUGGAGGUGCGCAUCACUGAAAGGUCUGAUCCAAACCUGGUUUUGAACUUGGAGCACUGCUGGGCCACGGCCACAUCAAACCCUGGCAGCUUGCCCCAGUGGGAUCUUCUGGUUGACGGGUGUCCCUACCACGAUGACCAUUACAUGACAACUGUUGUGCCUGUGACUGUGUCCUCUGGGCUCUUUUUCCCAUCACAUCACAAACGUUUCAUCUUCAAGAUGUUCACGUUUGUGGAUGAUAACAGCUUGGAACCCCAAAUGCAAACGGUGUUCAUCCAUUGUGCUACAGCAGUGUGUUAUUCCAGCAGCACGAACUCAUGUGAACAGCCGUGUCACAGACAACGCAAGAGAGACGUGAGAGCAAUGAGAAACGCCUCUUCUGACCAGAGGUUAGUCGUUGUCUCAAGUGGAGGAGUCAUCCUGACAGAGCAAAGAAAUAAAUCUGCUCACGCCAAGUCAAAAAGAUGACGGUCCACUGGUGGUCAGUGGUGGCCAAGACUUUUAAAUAAAGCUUGUUUAAAAAAUCCAGCCUA